AUGGUAUAUUCGAAUUCACAAGCUCAUCCCACCAUUUCGGCCGCAUCUUCUUCGCCGUCGAACACAUCAAGCGCUAUAGAGGCUGCCCCUCUACCUCUAGAAUUACACCCCCCAUUCUCAGUAAUUGAUAUAGCGUCGACAGAUCUUCAUAAUGACAUGUUCAUCGCGGUGUUUUACAAGUGCUUCCAUCGUUAUCACCCCUGCGUCCUGCCCCUGAAACGACUCCAGGAGUUUUUCGGCAAUCCGUCCUUUCGCGAUCAGCUUUUCCCGGUCAUAACGGCUGCUCGGUUUAUUGGCUCCAUCUACGCACGAUCCAAUUUCACGGAUCAACUUAAGGCACAAACAGAGAGCGCCAUCGCCAUGGCGCGCCAAAACCUAUCGCCAUCUCCCUUUCUCGCGCAAGCUUUGCUUCUAUAUUCCAUAUCGUUGUUUUGGUCACAAGAGGACAGCAAUUCUCGGAAACAAAUGGACUUGGCUCUGCAGACAGCAUUUGACCUCGGUAUGCAUCGCCGCGGUUUCGCCGUCAGCUUUGCUCCGGAUGAUCCAAUACUACAGGAAUGUUUUCGGAGAACCUGGUGGCAGAUUUACAUCGUCGAUGCCGCGUAUGCCGCAAUUGAGCGCUUGCCAACUUUUACGGCCAAUAGUGUGAUUAGCGAUGUAGAUUUGCCCUGCGAGGAGGAUGAAUACGAGAGCAGUACAAUACCUGAACCUUCACUUCUAGCUGAGUUUGACUUCCGUGAAUUUGAGUCGGAAGGAAAAGUCUAUUCUUCCUUCGCUUACCUCGUUGGAGUCGUCCGAGGUCUAUCACAAACUUCGAUGUCGGUACCUUGGCAAGGCGAUGGAAACCCGAGCUCGGAGGGCGUUGCCGCAAUUGACUCCGUCAUUGAUGGAUGGCUCCUACUCCUGCCAGAAUCCAAACAACAGGUUAUGAACAGCAGUGGUGAAAUUGACGAGCUGUUAUAUUUCGCCAACAUGUGGGUCCAUGCCGCAUUAAUCUCUUGUCAUAGAGCAUUAUCGGACAUUAUUUUCAACCCUCUGGAAGUUCUCUCUAGCUGCGCUGGCUCGCCUCAGAUUAAUGCAUUUCCAAGCGAGAUAAAACAAGUCCACACCAAGAGGUGUAUCUCAUCUAUCCAGCAGCAGGUUAGCCUCCUUACUCUCCCUAAGCGGCCAUUUUGCCACAGCCCUUUUAUUAUUUGCAUGGUCGUAGUCGGCACGUUACCUUACUUCUCGGCUUGCACCUGCCUUCUGCGAGGUAGCGAGCUUAUUGUCGCGCGGGAACAGAUUCGUGUAAUUAUAGGAUGCUUAAAGGCGCUGGGCGACGUGUGGAAGAAAGGACGGAAUCGUGUGCAGGAGCUACAGGCUAUUGGCAAAGAGAUUAUAGGUGCUACAGAGGUUCGCAGUGUGAGAAUGAGCGAGACGGCCGCUGCAAACGAGGCACAAAACAAAUCUAAUCAGACUCCUACUUUGCUGUCCUUCGAUGACUCGGGUUUACUCUCAUCCAACAUAGAUGCAAAUGAGUUUGCUCAAUUGUGGCCAUGGAUGAAUCAGCAGCUGGAUAUCAAUACAUGGAUUACCGAUGAGUUCCCAGCGCAGUAA